AUGCUGCUGCUGCUGCUGCUGCAGAUGAGCAGUGAAACAUCCUCCUCCCUCCACACCACACCCCUGGGCUUGGGUCAUUGCUGGCGGCAGGGUACCAGGCUGGCUGCAUUUACAGCCUCAAUUGGCCACGCUGAAUCCUCCUGUGAGGUUGCCAAACUUUUCCAGGACUCGAGUCUGGGCAAUAUUGUCAACAUCCUGGUGACCAGGCUGAUUCUCCUCACCGAGGAUCAGCCCACGCUGGAGAUCAACCACCACGCUGGGAAAUCCCUGGACAGCUUCUGCAAGUGGCAGAAAUCCAUAGUGAACAGGAAUGGCAACGGGAACGCAAUCCCUGAGAACGGCAUAGCCAACCACGACACCGCAGUGCUGAUCACCAGGUGAGGCUGAGCCCUAGCCCACCCCCAGCAGGGGGGUCCAUGCUGUCCUCUCUGGGGCUGUUCUCUGUGCAUCUAUCUGUUCUCUGUGCAUCUGUCUGUCCUCUGCCU